GCAAAUGAUGCCUAUAAUGAUAUUCUUGCAAGGAUGGUGCCUGAUACAACCUUGCAAGACAAGAUCAGUGGAUAAUCUGCUACUUAUACUGAAAGUAAUGGAAGUUUUGCAAAGGAGAUGGCAAUUAGACAAAGGGACAAGUUGAAUCCUAUCGUUUGGUGGGAAAAACAUGGAAGCUCUACACUUGAGCUUACAAAGCUUGCAAGGCGCUUACUUGGCCUUUGUUGCUCAUCUUCUGGUUGUGAGCGCAAUUGGAGCAUAUUUGAGUUUAUUCACACCAAGAAGAGGAAUAGGUUAGAGCAUCAACGUUUAAAUGAUCUUGUCUACAUCCAGUAUAACCGCGGUCUUCAAGUAAGGUUCCAAGAAAAAAAGGAACAAUGCAGAAAUUCUAAUUCACUGGUGCUUGAUGAUCUAGGUUGGAGUAGUGAGUGGAUGACUGGUGUAUCAGAUGAUGAAUUAGUUCAUCCUGGGGAUGAUCUCACUUAGAGAACUGUAUCAACAGUUUCUGGAGCAUCUUCAUCGUUUCAUGGCACCAAUAGAGCAAGGAGGUCUGGACCAUCAA